CCGAGAGGAAGUGUUCCUUUGUUAUGAAUAGGCGGCGCUGCAGCUGGCGGAAGAGGAGGUCACCGAGCCCAGUUUCUGUGCACUGGUACAGAGACAGAAAGAGAAAAGAGGAGGAGGAGGAGAGAAAGGAAGGAGAAGGAAAAAUACGGUGUCAGUCAGAUAACGGGAGGGCUACUAUAAUGGCCGCAAAGUCAGAUGGAGUAUUAAAGAUGAAGAAAAGCGACGUGGCUUUUACUCCGUUGCAAAACUCCGACCAUUCGGGUUCGGUGCAGGGACUAGCCCCAGGAUCGCAGCCAGAUUCGGCAACCGGGGAGGUGGACUACGUGGAUGAAGAGUCCAGCUGUUGCGGCUCCUCUUCCCUGUGCUUUCGUCUGGGCAGGGAGCAGCAGAACUACUCGGUGUGGGACUUUCUCUGGAUUCUCGCCGCGGUGGCCGUCUAUUUUGCCGAUGUGGGCACAGAUAUUUGGCUCUCCGUCGACUAUUAUCUCCGUGGCCAGUACUGGUGGUUCGGGCUUACUCUGUUUUUUGUGGUGCUCGGUUCGUUUUCCGUGCAGGUCUUCAGCUUUAGGUGGUUCGUACAUGAUUUCAGCACCGAGGAGAGCGCAGGUGCUGCCAAUGGCUCUCAUGUGGAUGGGAAGCUGGUGAGCGGAUCAGCUGCACAUGGAGACACGGAUGCCCGUUCUUCAACACCACAAAGACAGACUUCUACAGCCAGCAAGUGCAAAACCACAACUAAUAGCAGCAACAGCAGCACCGCAACUCAGACUAGCAAGAAAAGGACUGCAUCUUGUUCAUUUUGCAUCUGGCUCUUGCAGUCAGUCAUCCACAUCCUACAGCUGGGGCAGAUCUGGAGGUAUUUCCACACCAUAUACCUUGGCAUACGAAGCCGUCGGAGUGGAGAGAAUGACAGGUGGCGCUUUUAUUGGAGAAUGGUGUAUGAGUAUGCAGACGUGAGUAUGCUGCAUUUGCUAGCUACCUUUCUGGAGAGCGCUCCGCAACUUGUCCUGCAGCUCUGCAUUAUAAUUCAGACCCACCACUUACAGGCUCUCCAAGGUCUCACAGCAGCAGCGUCCUUGGUGUCUCUGGCCUGGGCUUUGGCCUCCUAUCAAAAGGCUCUCCGGGACUCCCGUGACGACAAGAAGCCCAUCAGCUACCUAGCCGUCAUCAUUCAGUUCUGCUGGCACUUCUUCACCAUUGCCGCCCGGGUAAUCACCUUUGCACUCUUCGCCUCUGUGUUCCAGCUCUACUUCGGUAUCUUCAUUGUCCUGCACUGGUGCAUCAUGACCUUCUGGAUCGUCCACUGCGAGACAGAGUUCUGCAUCACCAAGUGGGAGGAGAUUGUCUUUGACAUGGUAGUGGGGAUCAUCUACAUCUUCAGUUGGUUCAACGUCAAGGAAGGACGGACCCGCUGCCGUUUGUUCAUCUACUACUUUGUAAUCCUUUUGGAGAAUACAGCCUUGAGCGCCCUCUGGUACUUGUACCGGGCUCCUCAAAUCACUGAUGCUUUUGCCAUCCCUGCUCUCUGUGUCGUCUUCAGCAGCUUUCUGACUGGAAUAGUCUUCAUGCUCAUGUAUUAUGCCUUCUUUCACCCCAAUGGACCCAGGUUUGGGCACUCGCCAAGCUGUGUACUUGUGGACCCUGCGACCACCUUUACGCUGCCCCCCGAGGUUGCGACCAACACCUUGAGGGGAGUUUCACAAAAUCGGGUGCCGGCGGUGGUGCCAGACAGGGAUCCGAAAUACACAGAGAGGGACAGCUGCGCGCCUGUGUUUCAGGUGAGGCCCACCGCCCCCUCCACCCCAUCCUCUCGUGCUCCACGGAUAGAGGAAACUGUUAUUAAAAUAGACCUGUUCAGGAACAGGUAUCCUGCCUGGGAGAGGCACGUGCUGGACAGAAGUAUACGCAAGGCCAUCCUAACCCUUGAGUGUUCACCCUCUCCCCCCCGGCUGCAGUAUAAAGACGAUGCUCUUGUUCACGAGCGCCUGGAAUAUGAGACCACACUGUAGCCUUUGGGGAUGUUUGCUUUAAAAAAAAGACUGCUAGAGGAUCAACUUAAGAGUGAACAGCAAGACUGGCAAUACGUUCCUAGCUCUCUCUCUCUAUACAUAGCGUCGAUCCAUGGUGUUGAUUGUCAUGGACUGAAAAUAGGCACGAUUUCAAUUUAAUUUGAAGGAUGUAUUGUUGUUGUUUUUUUAAAGAUUAUUUUUUAUUUCUUUUUAUUUAGUUUAGUUUUAUGUUUUUAUGAAGUAAGCCUGGCAGGGAAUACAAAUACCAAUAAGAGGCCAUCACGUCUAAGAAUCUGCACACCCCAACCCUCUGAAAAGUACAUUUUUGCAGUUUUUCUUUCUCUGACUCAGAAAAGGGAAUUGGCUACUCGAGAACAAAAGCCAUUUGCAGAUAACAAGUCAUAGCUCAGUAGCAAAAACUGCAGCUAUCUUCUAUUUACAAUAGAAAACCUUGUAAAUGCUUGCUGUUCUGCCUUCCCAUAUUGAGAUUACUUAACCUCAUUCCCAGGCUCAGCACACUAAACUAAAGCUUGGCCCAUGAAAAUAUUACAAGGUAAUUAAAGAAUUGGUUAUACAAUGAUAAUUGUGGUUUAUAUAACAAAUAAAACCAUUAUCCUUUUUUUUUUUUUUAAACCUAGUGGGGCACCAGAAAUUGUAUUUACUAUAUACAGUACCCAUGGGAACAUUAACUCACUAGAUCCUUAUUUCAGGACUUAUUAUGCUGGCCAUUGUGUCUGUUAUUAAGACAUUAUAGUCCAUGCCCUUAUUGUGCCAAAAGUUCUGUAACCACUGGAUUUUAUAGACUCCGGGCAUUGUUGCAGAGAGAAACUUGGCAGCACGAAUGAGCAAGCAAGAUUAGCAUAUACUUGAAUUUGAAUCUUAGUUGAUGUCAGAGAUGCUAGUUAAAUAAUACGCCGCCUUGAACAGGGUCAAGGGAAGACUACAUUAUGAUAUUUACAAUGGAAGAGAAAAACAGACAGCUGAGACCUGUCGCCAGCUUGAAUAUAUAUCCUCAUUUGUCAAGUUGCAGAUUUUAUGGACUGGAGGAUAAGCACACAUGUGCGGGAAAAAAAGAAGAGGCUUUGUAACAGUUUUAGACUCUUAAGUCAAACCACACUUGCAGCAAAUAAUUGCAACUGUAGUAUUAAAGAUGCAACAUUCAUUUUUACUGGUUGUGAUAUUAUUGAAGUCAUUCAGGUAUAGGCAGUGGAAGCAUGCCUAAUGAUGGUCAUUCCUCUUUGAACUACAACAAACACCAAACAACCUUGAUAUUUUAUGCAUUUUCGGAGCACCCGCGUGCAUCCUGCUGCUCUGCUCAACGCUAAAACAAGUAUAGGGCUGAAACCACUUCUGUCAUUGUGACUGCCAACAGAACAGACAUCGGUUUAAACCAAGUCACUUCAGGAUAGGCUGAAUUGCAGCCAAGGAAGAUGAAUAAACUGCAUGUUAAUCACCUCAGAAACAUGUUGUUAAAUCACAGGAAUAUUUGUUGUGCAUAUUGGUAAUCAGUGCCAUGAAAUGGAAACUGCAUGAAAUGAAAGUUGCAUCUUUAAGAAUUCUACAGAGAAGCGGUAUGGGGUCUAGCUGCCCGUUCAGCUUUAGCUCCACAACUUCUGUCUCAUCAAGAUAAAACAAAAACAAAGGCUAAACAAAAGAAAGGAAAUCAAGCACAACACAUGUUGACAUGAGGAGUCACAACACACCAAUUGCUAUAUUCAAAGUGUAAUUGCAUUUAGUGUGGGAGAGGAGGUAGGAUUAACAGAAAGCCAUUUAAUUUCGCUAACUGGCAAUUAUUAGGCUAACUCAUUUUAUUUUCCAUCAGGAAAUAACAUGAGAGAGGUGGCAAGCACCUUUAAUACACUAAUAACAAAUACAUUUUGCUGUAAGAAUUAACUAAUCUAAUAUAUAAUAUACAACUACUUGAUAUGCCAAU